AUGGCGACUCGUGGAUGGGCAACUCUACCCGAAAACCGACACAAUGGAGUAGUUCAGAAAAACAACCAGGACAACAUGGAAGAAGGCGAUGACAAAAGUUUGCAACCAUGUUACCACUUCGAAGAGGAUACCGUACCGGAAAAUCUUUUGGAACUAACAACAAGCUACUGGAGAAGGUUAAGAUUUGCCAAACCACUAACACUCACCUAUAAUGUGGACAAGGCAGUAGAAUGCCGUCUCAAGGACACUUUGUUGGCAGCAUCAGUUAAGGUACAACCGAAGGUUGACGAUAAAACUCCACAACGCGAAAAAACCGAAGAGAUAUCAGCUUGUUAUAUAAAUAUGAACGCAGCCGACGAAGAAAUGGAAAAAAUAGUCGAUUCUGUACUAUCAGCUGAAGAACCAUUCGACGCUAUAAUGGUAGAUAUCAACUUGACAGGAGAUAUGCAGUCGACGAAUGUUGCCCGUAUGGACGAAAUGUCAUCAUCGAUAGCGGUAAGCAAACACAGGAAGUACACAAUAUUCGAAACAGACAUGUACCCAGUACUGAUUGACGCCCGUGAAAACGAGGGUGCUGUGUUCUCAGAGCUACCCAGAAUAUUCAGAAAAGUCAAUGGCUUCGAUGUAGUGACGGGUGCUCUUAUAGCAGCCAUGAUCUCCGUUUCACCAGGAAACCCAAUGCUGGCCUCAAUCACUGCUGUUUUGGGAAUCGAGUACAGCGCUAAAAAAUGUGCCGACAUAUCUGAAGGACCUGGAUCUCUGGUUAGUAGUUAUACACAAACUGCUCAAUAUACACAGGCUGUAAACUUUACAGACAAGAUGCACACCAUAUCUGUAUCACCGGAUAACCUUCUUCAACACAACAUCACGCUGAAGCUCUACAAGCAAAUUGAUGGACUACUCAGUGAAGAUGAAUUCGAGGAGGGGAUGCAGUCAGAUUUGGAUUGUGUCAUAGAUUCACCAUAA